UCCCGCCCCACCCCACCCCCACCGCAUCUCCCACGCCUUCGCCUGCUCUCAUUGGCUGCUUUGCUGCUGUGAUCAGCUCUCAAACAGAAAGGACAAGAUCCAGCCAUAUCUCAAUGGACCCCAGGGGUAUCUUGAAGGCAUUUCCCAAGCGGAAGAAAAUUCACACCAAUUCACCAUCAAAAGCACUUGCAAAGAUUCCCAAGAGGGAACACGGAGAAGCAGGAGGAGAGUGGCUGAGCUCCCUGCGGGCCCAUGUUCUGCCCACUGGCAUUGGGCGAGCCCGGGCAGAAGUCUUCGAGAAGCAGAUUAUCCAGCACGGUGGCCAGAUAUGCCCUGCCCAGGCAGCAGGGGUCACUCACAUUGUGGUGGAUGAAGGCAUGGACUAUGAGCGAGCCCUCCGCAUCCUUAGACUGCCCCAGCUGCCCCCAGGUGCUCAGCUGGUGAAGUCAGCCUGGCUAAGCUUGUGCCUGCAGGAGAGAAGGCUGGUAGACACGGCAGGAUUCAGCAUUUUCAUCCCCAACAGGUGCCUGGACCAAACACAGCUCAGCAAGGCAGAUCAAGACUCUUCUACUCCUCCUGGAGCCCGUGAGCCUCUGCUCAGGACAGCCCUCUCCCCUCCUCCUUCUCCUGCCAGACCUGUAUCUCCUCCCCGGAGGGCAGAAGAGGCUCUAAGCACCCAAGUCCAGCCUGGCUUUGAUGAUGAAAUCAGUGAUGGGGAAGAGACCCAGGUUAGCGCAGCUGAUCUGGAAGCCUUGAUCAGUGGCCACUACCCUACCCUCCUUGAGGAAGAUGGUGAGCCUUGCCCAGCUCCGAAGGGCCUGGAUAAGUGGGUCUGUGCACAGCCUUCAAGCCAGAAGGCAACCAACCACAACCGUCACAUCACAGAGAAACUGGAAGUGCUGGCUAAAGCCUACAGUGUUCAGGGAGACAAGUGGAGGGCCCUGGGCUAUGCCAAGGCCAUCAAUGCCCUCAAGAGCUUCCACAAGCCUGUCACCUCCUACCAGGAGGCCUGCGGUAUUCCCGGGAUUGGAAAGCGGAUGGCUGAGAAGAUCAUAGAGAUCUUAGAGAGUGGGCAUCUACGGAAGCUGGAUCAUAUCAGCGAGAGUGUGCCUAUCUUGGAGCUCUUCUCCAACAUCUGGGGAGCUGGAACCAAGACUGCCCAGAUGUGGUACCAUCAGGGUUUCCGGAGCCUAGAAGACAUCCGCAACCAGGCCUCCUUGACUACCCAGCAGGCCAUUGGCUUGAAGCAUUACAAUGACUUCCUGGAACGCAUACCCAGGGAGGAGGCCACAGAGAUUGAGCAGACAGUCCAGAAAUCAGCUCAGGCCUUCAACCCUGGGCUGCUGUGUGUGGCAUGUGGUUCGUACAGACGGGGGAAAGCAACCUGUGGUGAUGUGGACGUGCUGCUCACUCACCCAGAUGGCCGAUCUCACCAGGGCAUCCUCAGUCGCCUCCUUGACAGCCUUCGGCAGCAAGAAGACUCAGAAAUCUGGAGUCCGCCCUUCAAACCAUACAAACUCCUGGUCCUACCUCCUGACAAGGGCAGCAGGAAGUCAUGGAUAAAAAGGAAGAGUGCCUACACCCUCCAGACCCAUCCUGGGGCUGGUAUACCCCUGGCUGCUCAAUCUGACACACAAGCCCAGGAGAAGAGCUGAUGGUGGGAUUUCUGUGCCUGGAGAAAGGCUGCCCAGUUUGGGGGAGGGGUGGUUCUCUGAGUCCAAACUAAGCAGAGUGUGUUGAGGGCUCCCCAGCCACUACAGAGCCUGCCCCUUCUUCCUGGGUGGGCUCUCAGCCAGUGCCCCAUCCUUCUGGAAAGAGAGACUGAAUUUCAGAGCUCUGGUGGGAACUGGUGUCUUGUCUAGCAACUGAGCACCCCAAACCACCACCCAAUCACUGCGUGGUCCUGAGGAGGAGGAGAGGAGCCCCACAAGCCUGCUUCCUGCCCUUAGCCCAGCCGUCGUCACUCUGUGCUUGAGCCAGAGUUGUCCCUGGACAGCCACGUGUGGGGUCAGCAGAAUAAUGGUCCCUCAAAGUGAUACCCACAUCCUAAUUCCUAGAACCUGUGAAUGUGUUCCCUAACUAGGUGAAAGGGACUUUGCAGACGUGAUUAAGGAUUUUGAGAUGAGAUUAUCCUGGAUUAUCCAGUGAGCCCAAUUUAACCAUGAGUCCUUUAAAGUGGAAAACCUGGGGCUGGCCCAGUGGCGUAGUACUUAAGUUCGUGUGCUCUGCUUCGAUGGCCUGGGCUUUGCAGGUUCAGAUUCCGGGUGUGGACCUACACACCGCUCAUCAAGCCAUGCUGUGGUGGUGCCCCACAUACAAAAUAGAGGAAGAUUGGCAGAGAUGUUAGCAACAAUCUUCCUCACCAAAAAAGAAAGAAAAAUAAAGUGGAGAACCUUCCCCAUUACAAUCAGAGAGAGAUGUGACAAGAGAGAGAGAUGUGACAGUGGAAGGGAGGCCAGAGAGAUGCAGUGUUUCUGGCUUUGAAGAGAGAGGGGCCCACCAGCCAAGGAAUGUAGGCAGCCUCUGGAAGCUGGAAAAGGCAAGGAAACAGAUUCUACUGUAGAGCCUCUAUAUAGAAUGCAGCCCUGCCAAUGCCUCGAUUUUAUUCAGUGAGACCUAUGUCUGACUUCGAAACAAUAAACUGUGCAGUAAUAACUGUGUUGUUUUAAGCCGCUAA